UAAAUGUACGCGAUAUAACCGAACUUCGAUUUUAGCUGCCCAAAUUUCGAAUAAAGAAAGAAGAAGAAGCUAACCAAAUUUUUUAGGUUAUGUUGUGGAAGUUUAAAAAGGGUAAAAAAUAGUAUUUAAAAUACUUAUUAAUAAAAUGGCACUUGUAUUUUCAAAUGUAUUCGCCAAAUCGAAUAUAAAAGCAAUAGAGGAUAAGUUUUUUAAAUUAAGCAUAAUUUGUAGUUCCAAUCAAAUAAGAGAAAGACAUGUCUUAAAUCCGAAACCUCGACUAAGAAACCCCACAUGGUUUACAAAAAAAAUGAUAGCUGAGAGAGAUGAACAAGUAACUCCAGAAAAUGAAAAAUUUAUACAGCAAAUUAUUCAAGACAAAUAUAGCAAUGUAUCUCCUAAGGGAGAAAUACCUGGAAAUAUUGAAUGGACUCCGGAGCUACAGAGAACAGGUGUAAUCGCGAAAAAAAUUGGAAUUUAUCCUUUAUGGUUAAAAAAUGGAAAAAAAAUUCAAACAACAUUAUUACAAGUAUUGGAUAACCAUGUUAUAAAACAUUACCUUCCAGAAGAAUAUGACCCGCCUAGAAAAGGACCAAUUGGGAUACGUAAUAAAAAAGCUUGUUUGCUUUUAGGAGCUGAGGGUGGAGAUCCAUCACUCUUCACAAAAGAUUAUUGUGGUUUAUUUAAAGAAUCUGGCGUUAUACCAAAAAAGAUCCUAGCAAGAUUUUUUGUGAGUCCAAAUGCAGCACUACCUUUAGGGACACUCGUCAGUGCUAUGCAUUUUCAAGUUGGAAAUGCUCUUGAUAUUAGAGCAAAAACGAUUGAUCGUGGUUUUCAAGGGGUAAUGAAACGCCACGGAUUCAAGGGUAUGCCAGCAUCUCACGGAGUAACAAAAACGCAUCGAAGGGGUGGUAAUAUUGGUGGUGGAGGCGAAAAAGGUCGAGUCUGGCCAGGUACAAAAAUGCCAGGACAUAUGGGUAACACAUGGAGAAUAGCUAAAGGAGUAAAAAUUUUAAGGAUAAACAGAAAAUACAAUGUAUUGUGGGUUACUGGACAGGCAAUACCUGGAGAAACGAAUUCCAUUUGUUUCAUUUAUGAUUCUAAAUUACCAUUAAGGAAGCCCGAAAAGCCCCUGCCAUUUCCAACUUACUUGGAAAAAGUAGAUGACGAUACGCCCGAGGAUCAGUACGAUGAAAGUGUCCAUCAAUUCGGCGAUCCAUCCAUUGUUUAUGCUGAGAAAAAAUAAUUUAAAUAGAGUUAUAUAAGAGAAA